AUGUUGAUCGCAUUGAUCGGUCCAACAUCUGCCGGUAAGCUAGAGGUAGCCAAAUAUCUCGUGGUUCAUCAUAACUUUCGACCUGCAUUUAUAGCAUCACAAAAUAAUACAGAUGCGGCAUCACAUGGCCAAGCAUUAUUGGAUCAUGUCACAUUUAAUUGGCGAGAUAAUAUUGUCACAUUGGACCUGCUAACGAGACAGGAUUUGGAAAUCGGAUUUGAUAAGAGGCCAUUCUUUUUGCUCGUCGGCGUUGACGCUCCAGUUAUGAUCAGAUUUCGUCGUAUGGCUGCUUGUAUGCAAGCAUUCGAACAUGUGCUAGAGGACGAUAAGAGACAGCUAUCUUUGGAAAAAUUCUUGGCAGAAGACGAUGCGAAUUUGUACGGUCUAGGAAAACAAUCGGCUGCUGCUAUACAAGACAAAGCAGACUCGAACUCUCUACCGGCAACACCAUCAAAAGUCUCACAAAAAAUGAAUGUCGUUCAACCGAAUGGAUUAUUGGCAUCCCGCUCCGCACCUUCCUCGUUACGAGAACUAAUGCAAACCAGUACGAUUAUCAUCAAUAAUCAAUUUCAAACAAUCGCUUCGCUUCAUUCUCACUUGGCUUCACUAAGUCUUUCCUCGCCGCAAAGGCUAAGGCCGUCUUGGGAUACGUAUUUCCUCUCGUUGUGCACAUUGGCUUCUUUGCGCUCCAAUUGUAUGAAACGAAGGGUGGGUGCAGUAUUGGUACGUAACAAUCGAGUUUUGUCAACCGGCUACAAUGGCACACCCAGAGGAUUGAUCAAUUGUGCUGAUGGAGGAUGUUCGCGAUGCAAUGGAGCAGCCGCUGGUGGAACUGCAUUAGAUGAAUGUUUAUGUUUACAUGCCGAAGAGAAUGCUUUAUUGGAAUGCGGUCGUGAACGUGGUGGAGCAGAUGGAACGGUUUUGUAUUGUAAUACUUGUCCUUGUCUUCGUUGUGCGGUAAAGAUUGUACAAACUGGCGUACGUGAAGUAGUUUAUCAACUUGCUUAUAGUAUGGAUGAUCGAUCUCGAAAGAUCUUUCAAGAAGCAAAUGUUCUCUUUCGUCAAUAUCAUCCGAUGUAG